UAGUUCGCCACAGACACCGGCAGUCUCCCGCGUUCCGUUUGCCCGAACCGUUCUGCACUGACCAAAAUAACAUACAUAAAUAAUAAUAUCGUAUAAAAAAAAAAAAGUAUAAUCAAAUGCUAAAAAAAAAUUAAUCAUACAGUUAUUCGCGGUAAAGUAUUUUUUUUUUAAUUUUAUUCAAUUUUAUUAUGCUCGGCGUCGGGUCGACGGUCAUCGCCAAUAGCUGUCGUAAAGUUGUAAAUUUGUUUGCAUUCGUUUUACUUAAAUCCCGUCGAUCGGCCACCGUGAAUGUUUCAGUGUGUCAUUAGUUUUAGGUAUACAGUGUGCGAGAUCGUUGUAACCGUUUUGUAGUAAAUCGCGUUACUUUUUUUUCCCAAACUGUGUUUUGCCUAUACUUGUUCAACUUAUCAAACAAACGGUUCUUCUUCAUGUAUCCGCGACAAGUUCAACGCGGACUAUGCGGCUCGAGGAUAUUGCACUGAGGGCACAACAGGCGCCGGACACACCAAGUCUAUGCAACAACAACAACAAUUGAAAAACUAAACGAUAAACAGGUCCGUGCCAGUAUGAGAAUAGCGACCUCAUGGAUCGUCAUGUCUCUGCUGACCGCUAUAUUUGAAUCGUCUCAAGGCCAUGAUCACCACAAAGCGCUCAAUAAUUAUAAGAUCAACAAAAAGCCAUGCUCGGUCAACGGUUUAGAGGGUACUUGCAUGUUCGUGUACGAAUGCAUCAACAGCAACGGCCGGCAUAUCGGCAUGUGCGUGGACACGUUCAUGUUCGGCAGCUGUUGCGCGCAUAACUUAACCGCCUCUCAGAUGGCCAUGCUGCCGGACUCGUCCGAGCCGGCCGUGCUUUUUACGCAGCCAGGAGGCAACGGGGUGUCGCAGAAACCCAUACGACCGCACCACCGGCCACACAGGCCUUCGCAGGUGAUGAUGCGACCCAACAACAUCGAUCCGGAUGCUUCGGUAUCAGCGUCGGGCGUCGACAAAAAAUACCAUUAUCAACCGUCGUCAACGCCUCAGCCGCAUGCGAUCAACAGGAUACCGUCCACCAACUUCAUAUCCAACAGCCGACCCAACUUCAUGUCCAGGCCGGCUGCCAUGCCGAGCCAGCACAUCACGACCACCACCACCAGCACUACCACUACGACUAGUCAACCGGCCUCCCAAGUGGACGACAGCGAAAACAAGGUUGACUCCAUUUGGUCUCACAGGCCUAGUUGGAGUUCGAAUGCCGGCAACCAUCAUACAUUCAUCACCAAACCAAAACCCCAGUCCCACCUUAAACCCUAUUACUCGCACACCACGUCGACUUCAACGACCACCAGCACUUCGACCACGACACCUACUGCUCCUCCUCCUCCUCCUCCGACUACUUCUUCUACUACUACUUCUACGACUACUAGUACUACUACUAUUCCUCCACCGCCUUCCACGAGUACGGUUGUCCCCUCGUCGACUUACGAAUACAACGCGGAGACUACCGCGUCUGUGACCGCCACCUCGGCAAGCAGACCAGAAAAACACACUGCCAAGCCGGGCGUAUCGGCUGAAACAAAUCAAAAAUCAAUACCCUGCGGUUCGGCGCCGUUGCAUCCGAGGCACGAAGUGCGCAUAGUCGGCGGCAGAAACGCUGCGUUUGGCAGUUGGCCUUGGCAGGUUUCUGUCAGAAGGACGUCGUUCUUUGGAUUUUCCAGUACUCACCGUUGCGGCGGAGCGUUGCUAAACGAAAACUGGAUAGCCACAGCUGGUCACUGUGUGGACGACUUGUUGACUUCGCAAAUUCGUAUACGGGUCGGCGAGUACGACUUUUCGACGGAACACGAACCGUACAAAUUUGCCGAACGCGCCGUCGCCAGGAAGAUAGUCCACCCCAAGUACAACUUCUUCACUUACGAAUACGACCUGGCCAUGGUCAGGUUGGACUCUCCACUGCAGUAUGCACCGCAUAUCGUGCCCAUAUGUCUGCCCGGGUCCGAUGAUUUGCUCAUCGGCGAAAACGCCACGGUGACCGGUUGGGGACGACUCAGCGAAGGAGGCACUCUGCCGUCUGUCUUGCAAGAGGUGAACGUGCCGAUCGUCAGCAACGACAAGUGCAAAAGCAUGUUUCUGAGGGCUGGCCGACACGAGUACAUACCGGAAAUAUUCAUGUGUGCCGGUUUCGACGACGGCGGCCGCGAUUCCUGUCAGGGCGAUUCCGGCGGGCCGCUGCAGGUGAAAGGCAGGGACGGCCGGUACUUUUUGGCCGGCAUCAUCAGCUGGGGUAUCGGAUGUGCCGAAGCCAACCUGCCCGGCGUGUGCACCAGGAUAUCGAAAUUCGUGCCUUGGAUACUUGAGACUGUCACGUAGGAUUUAUUACAUACACGGGAUUCCGCUUCUUCUUGCGAGCAACUCUCGCACCUCAAGGACCUUUCCGUCUUAGUUUAUUAGACCGUUGUGCGCACAUUACGACCUUACCGAGUCGGUGAACGUGUCCGCGAAUUAUAUUCAUCGCCGGCGUGUACUUGUAUUGCAUACUUGUAAUAUCGUACGACCAUUGACAAAACGGCAGCUAUACAUACAUAUUAUAUAAAUAGUUGUAUAUACAAUUUACAUACACAUACGCUAUAUUAUUUUUACUUUAAGUCUCUGUCUGCCGAGAGAACGGUACUGCGCAGAAGCCAAUACGCAUCACUCUCUAUUGCGCCUGCGCCGACAAGAGUGACGCGUUUUGGUUUCUGCGCGGUGCCGUUCUCUCGCGAGACAGAGUACACUACUCUAUACUAUCACAGUAUUAUUAUUAGUACGACCUUGUAAUGAAUCUAUCUUCUGUACGAAUAUAAAAACGUAUACUUACUAAAAAG